AGAUCUUGGGGAAUGCGAUUCCGGUGGAUGGACACUGGUCAUGAAGAUGGACGGUGCUAAGGAGACAUUUUCCUAUGAUUCUGUUCUUUGGACCAAUAAGGAAACUUUUAACCUUCCCGGAGGAGAGACUGGGCUCGACACACAAGAGACCAAGUUAGCAACUUACUGGGAAAAGCCUUUCUCCAAGAUCUGCCUCGGUAUGAGGAUUGGGAGUCAGACCAAUUUUAUACUCAUUCAUAAACAGGCAAACUCUCUUUACUCACUAAUCGCUGACGGACAGUAUCGCGCCAUUUCACUUGGUCGGGAUAAAUGGAAGUCGUUGAUUGGUGUAAACGCAUCCCUACAGCGUAACUGCAACAAAGAGGGCUUCAAUUCACAGGGCAAGACUGGGCAAUCCAAUGCAAGGAUCGGUAUCAUUGGUAACGAGCAAUCCAAUUGCGUUAGUGCUGAUUCCAGAAUCGGUUUUGGUACGGGAGGUAACCCAGACAAGUCAAUUACGUGUGGCAACGUGGCUAAGUUUAAUCCAGAUAAUGGAAAUAGAUUUAUCUAGGCAAUGGGAUAUAUCAUUGUACAGUAACAACGAAACUAAUACCAAAUUAAUGAAAACGUCUCUUUCAGUAAAGCUAUAAUUCUUCUGUUGAAAAUAUUUGUGGCAAAAUUGUUUGAACACAAAGCCGUCGUUAAUGAAAAAAGCAGUUAGGAGAGGGCUCCUAUGCAAAAUCCAGUCUCGAAACUUUAAAUGAAAGGGAAGAACCGUGUUAAUGGUGCGAUAAUUCACUCCAAAAGCUCCUAAUUUCCCCCAUAUGAAAAAGGUUGCCUAAUGUGUUGGAUUGCUUGGAAAGGGGAUGUCACAGAUAAGUAGGUAGCUCACUCAUUCGUGUGCAAUUGUUGCCAAUUUCAGUGAAGUGUGCGUACGGUUUUUCUUAGCUUAUACAUUACCCACCGUUAUACAAUUAAUGCAAAUGACACGAGUGAAUUAUGAUUAUUCUCACUUUCCCAUAAU